UUGCGCUCCUCCAGCCUCGCAAGCGCUCGCUAAUAAACGGCAGGCACCAAUCUCGGGGACGCGCAACGUGGGGGGAGCGGAGAGCGCGAGAGAGAGGAAGGAGGGGCAGGGCGAGAGCUUCGGGGAGAACCCCACCCAUACCGCGCCACCGAGCGAGCGAGAUCCCCCUCCCUUCCCCCCUAUCUCCAUCCACCCGCCCCCGCCGGACCCGAUCCGAUCUGACCUCCGCCGCCGCGCGUCGGAGAAGAUGGCCCCCGUUUCGGCUCUGGCCAAGUACAAGCUGGUCUUCCUCGGCGACCAGUCCGUCGGCAAGACCAGCAUCAUCACCCGCUUCAUGUACGACAAGUUCGACAACACCUACCAGGCCACAAUUGGUAUUGACUUCCUGUCAAAGACAAUGUACCUUGAAGACAGAACUGUGAGACUCCAGCUCUGGGAUACAGCUGGUCAGGAAAGAUUCAGGAGUUUAAUCCCCAGCUACAUCAGAGAUUCUUCAGUUGCUGUAAUUGUAUUUGAUGUCGCAAGCAGGCAGUCUUUCUUAAAUACUUCGAAAUGGAUAGAGGAAGUCCGCACUGAGAGGGGAAGUGAUGUCAUCAUUGUGCUUGUUGGGAACAAAACUGACCUUGUUGACAAGAGGCAGGUCUCCAUAGAGGAGGGGGAAGGCAAAGCAAAAGACCUUGGUGUGAUGUUUAUUGAAACCAGUGCUAAAGCUGGUUUUAAUAUUAAGGCUCUGUUCCGCAAGAUCGCUGCUGCACUCCCUGGAAUGGAGACUCUUUCAUCAGCGAAGCAGGAAGACAUGGUUGAUGUUAACUUGAAGUCCGGCAACGCGAACUCAUCCCAGUCACAGGCGCAGGCUGGGGGAUGCAGUUGUUAGCUCCAGUCCCUAACACUCAGCAGCUCAUGACGUCAAGGACCCCAUGCGCAUCAAACAUCCCUACCCUACUGUUUCUCUUUCUCGGUUUCAGGAGGGUUGAUUGUCUCACGGCAGUGAAUCUCCAUGAUCCAAGUCAAUGAACGAGAACCAUUUCCGUUGGAAAGAUACAUUUUUAUGAUUUUCUAGUAUUUUGUCAGUGGCCUAUGCUAGCAACAGUGUAUAGUUGGGUUGGCACUGGUGAGCUCCUAUUGCUCGAGCUGAGUAUUAGAGUUAGUGAUUGGUUUAUGUUUUGAUCUAUAUUUGCGUCGCCCAUCUUGUUGCAGUCAGCCCGAGUCUGUGUUUUUCUAUGGUGUACUGAAUAUAUAUUGGAAUUUUUGUAAGCUGUAAUAAGCAUAUGUUGCCCCAGAUACUCUUAUCCUAGAAGUUUGAGAGAUUGUGUUUGGUUUA